ACAUUCGAAAAGUAGUCGAAACUCAAAAAUUGCAGCUUCAAAUCGUAAGAAUUUGUAGCUUCAAGCAAUGGCUGCUUGGGGGUCGCCAUAUUGGAAUCCAAACAACUCAGAGUAUGUUAAUGGUGUGUUCCAUUUGUAGUCAAAGAUAACAAAUUCCAGCUCUCCGGUUGGAAAGAAAUCACCCAGAAUGCUCCUCAAAGUCAGACUUCCCACUCAGAAAGCCUGAAAGUCAAUUUUGAGGUCCAACAUGGCCGCUCCUAGCAUCAACAAUAGCAAGCUGUUGUGGAAACACAUUUAUUUUAUAACACACACUUGUACUGCGACUAUAAUCAAUGUAACCUGAAACUACAGAAGAACCAAUUAAAAGUGGUGUUUGCGUGAGGAAGUACGUCUUAAGAUGACGUUUGUAUGAGGUGUUAUGAACAAUGGUGACUUGGGUGUCGCCAUAUUGGAAUCCGAACUUCUCCCUGUAUGCUAGCUGGAAUGAUGGUUAACUUGGGUGUGACGUCAUUCCCAGUUCCAACUUCUGAGAUAAAUGGAACCAGCGUAACACUUCUUAUGUGUUGUUUUAGCACACCAUUACCUUGUAUUACGCCACAAUGAAACACUGUAAUGGCAGCAUUAUGCUGUUGUUUUUCAGUGGGAACCACAAAGAAGGUCAAAGUUGAUAAACAUGGAAGGAGCAAAAUGAAAAUUUAGAUUUAUACAGAUUUCUGAAUAUUUUAGUGAGGUCUGAAUACUUUUGGAAGGUACCUUUUGGGGAGAUUUUCUUCUGUUUUCCUCUAGCAGCCUGGAGGCUUUUUAUCCCACAUAUCAAUUUAGCAGCUGCUAAAUACCAAUUUGUAUGAUCAGAAAUCCACCUCUACAACUUAAACAUGUGAUUACAUGUUCUAGGACAGCAAUUUGUGGUUAAGGUGCCAAUAUUUGUCAGACCUAGAUGAAAGAUUUAAACCCAGUGUUGUGGCAUACAGAGAGGGGAUCCCUGUAGCUUCCCUUCCAUGCGCCCCCUAUUGGUGAUAUCCGGAAAAUUGAAAUCCCGGUUUCGUCGACCUCGUUGAACUUCCAGAAAACUGCUAAAAAAAUAUCAACUGCUCGCUGUAAAUCCUACUUUUAUCAAAUAAAAUGUUAGGUGUUUCUGUUGUCAUAUUCUUCAUUCGUUCGACUGUGAGGAGUAAAAAAAAAAAGAAAAAAAAGAGGAGUGGGUGGAUGGGGGCACAGUCAUUUAAAAAAGGAAAAAAAACUGAGCAGAGCGCAUGCGCCUGAUUUGAAGAGAAUACGCCAUAUUGAAUUCCCGUAGGAAUCACGGCAUUCUUGCAGCUACGAGGGCCAGUUUAUUAAUGGUCCGAACUUGAUUUCAUGUUUUUAUUUCGCUUCGUUCUGUGACACCGAAUAGCUCAGCGAGUCUCGUCGGAAUCGGUACAGCGGCGCAGAUUCAAAACGGGCUCGCUAACGACAGGUUACUUGUCGGGGGAGUGGAGGGUGGGGGGUUUAGCAGGCAGAGGAGUUGAAUGGAUCCGAGGGUAGCUUGGAUUCAGCCGGAGCAGAAAGGACCUGCGAACGCCUUAUGGAUGCAAAUCUGGGAGACCUCUCAGGGAGUACGGACGCUUUCCGCUCAUAGUCGGAACCACAGCCGGUGUGUGAGUUAUGCGGCUUUGAUGGCUUUGAAUAAUGUGGCGGCCGCCGCGGCAUCGUGCAAGAGCGCCUGCAGCCCGAGCAACGGGAACGUUACAGGCAGCCUGAGUAACGGCAGCAGCCAUCACAGCAUCAUGAACUGCCCCGCACGCAGCGGAGGCGGCGGCGGCGGCGCGGCCACCUCCACGCAAGGGACACCGGCGACCAACGGGACCGCACAGAGCUCCCUCCCGAUGGCGAACGAGCCGAGCCGGGCCAAAAUCCCGAUCCCGAAGACGGGCUCCGUCUCCUCGUCGUCCUCGCAGGAGUCGGGGACAGAGAAUCCCGUUUCCAGCAGCUCGCUUCUCGAAAGGACUUUGGGUGGAAGCGUGGGGGGCGACUUCAACAAGAACGUCGGCGGCGCCGGUCUGCUCCUCGGCUUGAGCGACGGCGCGGAAAACAACGCGAACCUGUACCAUCAGCGCAGCCCGGAGGAGCAUCCGGCUUUUAAUUUGCAGCAGAUCUGCGCGAAGCAGCAUCAGGUCCACCACUCUGCCGUGCCCGUUAAUCACACACACAAUCUCCACCCGGGACGGAGGAAAAGUGACAACAAGGCGAGCACCUAUGGGAUGAAUUACCUGCUUUCGAACUGCACUAAUGGGAAUCAUGUGAACAAUUGGACGCCGUGGAAGAAGAGGAAAUACAGCUCAGGAGUGCUUGGACUCCACGAAGAGGUGAUGGACUUUUACAACUUCAUGUCCCCGCGACCUGAAGAGGCAGCUAUGAGGAAGGAGGUGGUGAAGCGAAUAGAGAUGAUCAUCAAGGAGCUGUGGCCUACUGCGGAUGUUCAGAUAUUUGGCAGCUUCAGCACGGGGCUCUACCUUCCAACAAGCGACAUUGACCUGGUGGUGUUAGGGAAGUGGGAGCGCCCUCCGCUGCAAGAGCUAGAGCAAGCUCUUCGGAAACACAAUGUGGCUGAACCGUUCUCCAUUAAAGUGCUGGACAAGGCUACAGUGCCGAUCAUCAAGCUGACUGACCAAGAGACCGAGGUCAAGGUGGACAUCAGUUUUAACAUGAAAAGCGGGGUGAAGGCGGCGAGCUUCAUUAAAGACUACUUAAAGAAGUAUCCGGUGCUGCCUUACUUGAUCUUUGUGCUGAAGCAGUUUCUGCUGCAGAGAGAUCUGAACGAAGUCUUCACUGGGGGCAUCAGCUCUUACAGCCUCAUCCUUAUGGUCAUCAGUUUCCUACAGCUCCAUCCACGUAUCGACGCCAGAGACCCCAACCAGAACCUGGGCGUGUUACUGAUCGAAUUCUUCGAGUUGUACGGCCGUCAUUUCAACUACUUGAAAACAGGGAUCCGCAUCUCAAACGGAGGUGCGUACGUUCCCAAAGAGGAAGUGAUGAAGACCAUGACGAACGGAUACACCCCAUCCAUGCUCUGCAUAGAGGACCCACUGCUUCCAGGUAACGACGUGGGGAGGGGCUCUUAUGGUGCCAUGCACGUCAAGCAGGUGUUUGACUACGCCUACACGGUCCUCGGUCACGCCGUGACGCCGCUCGCCAAGUCCUACCCCAACAAAGACCGCGAGAGCACGCUGGGGAGGAUAAUAAGAUUAACCCAAGAAGUCAUUGAAUACAGGGAGUGGAUUAUUAAGAAGUGGGGAGGCAAGGAUUCGCCGCAGACGGACAACAGAGCUUCUUCUCCCAAGGAGCCUGUUUCGGAGCAGGAGUCCUGUGUGCUGGGUGGUGGUGUUGUAGGUCCUGAGGAUCAGCAGAGGGACUCCGCUUCACCUCACAGCGCAGACUCUCCUAUGUCCAUCUCCAGCCCCAAGCAGCACUCAUCGGCCUCAUCCGUUUCCUCGCUGUCUGGCUCCGACAACGACUCUGACUCAGCGUUGCCAUACAGCCUCCCUCCGCCGACCCUGUCGGCGUACGCGUCUUUCCCGGCACUCGGCCUCGCCCUGCAGCCGAGCGUCCACCUGGGCACCGGAAAGCACGGCAUGGGAGGACGCCAUCUGCUGCUUCCUCCGGGUUCGCAGGCUCACGUCUCGCUGCCCAGCGGUCUUGCAAUGCACUCCAUGCCUGGCAGACAGGUGUGUAUGGACACCGGGCUCCCCUCCUUCUACCACAUGCCCCCUCCAGCCCAUGCUCAUACCCCUGCCCCCUCCAGCCCCCAGCCUCUGCUCAGCCCCCACUCCAGCCACACACACAAGAGUGGAACGAAGUUCAACGUGAAGGGCUUCCACAACCCGCCGCCGGUGAACGGAGCCGCCCUGGCUAACCGCGGUCACACGCACGCGCAGUACCACCGUAACUCGUGGGCACGGCGCAGGAAGAGGGACAGCCUGCCCGUCAGCCUCAGCAGAUAGAAACCACUGCUUCUUCCCCUUUAACUUUCUCUCCGUCUCUUUUUUUUUUUUUUUCUGUUUUAAUUUUAUCUUUUAUUUUUUGGUCUCCCCAACUUGACACCCAUAAACUGGACGGACAGACAGAGGGAUCAGAGACCAGCUGUUUUCACUUUGCUUUCUCGGAGCAGCAUCCCUUUAGGUCCGCAUCCUCCUCUUCUUCUUCGUUUCAGUAUUAUGUUCCUGUCAGUGUUGUCACUUUUUUUUUUGUCAUUUCCACCGGUGGCGGCACUACCAGCUUCACUCGACCUCGCUCUCCAAUGCUUGCGGCAAAGCUGCUAGUGGUUUGGUGUUACACUUUUUUCUUUUUUUCCAGCACAUUUAAGCCGUUUUUUUUUUUUGUUUUUUUUUGUUUGUUUGGUGCAAUAAUGUUUUUUCUUUUCAAAAUUAAAGCUGUUAUUUAAUUGUGUGUGUGUAUAUGUAAAGGCAUUUUAUAUUUUUAUUUUUGUAGUUGUAAAAUUUUGUUUACAAAGCGUCUCCCUGGGCGACAUCUGUGGAUGCUUAGAGCGUGCAUCUCUGUAGGUGAUAAAGUUGGGAUGGACCUGACUUUAAACUUUAAACCCCGCCCCCUCCUCCUUUUCCUUUUUUUUUUUCUUCCAAUGUGUUAAUCUUCUUUAUUUGGCAUCAAUGUGGAGGUCAAAGAAAGAUUAGAUUGCAAUAUUGUCUGUUUUUCAUCCUACUUCUUGUUGAGUUUCAACCUCGAAGUUUUGUUGAUGUGAUUGUGCAUAUCCUCCUUCCACUAAAUCUUUUACACAGGGGAAAGAGGGGGUCGGGAUUAGGAAACGCUUCAGCUCGGUUUACUUGAAUUUAAAGAUCAAGAGUCUGAGUAGUGGAUAUAAAUCAGUGCAGUCCGACAAUAUUAAGACGCUCAGCAGUGAAGUUUUCUCCUUUUUGGAACAAAUGGAGGGAGAAAACAAAAAGAAAGAGGAGGUGGGAGGGUGAGACCUGAUGGGAGUUAGUUCUUCCUGAACCAAGAACUCUUAUAUUUUGAUUCCAUCCAGGAAUCUGGUGUAUAUUUAAUUGCCAGGUACUUCCGCUAAUUGUUUGCAAUGCCUUUCUUUGUGUUUACUUGGAGUGUGUGUCCGUUUUCUGCGAACACUCACAGAUACACACACAUACAUACACACGCAUAUAUAUAUAUACACACAUAUAUAUAUAUAUAUGUGUGUAUAUAUAUAUAUAUGCUCAAACAGGUCUGUGGAAGGCUGAGCAGAACUAGUGUUAUUACUAUGCAAAAGGAUUCGUCUUGAUUAUCGUGUCAACCGUUGUACGUUCCCAUGACUACACCGCUUCGGACUGACGCUCAGGCUUGAGCCAACUCAUGUGAACUCCCCCCCCCCCCCUUUAUUUUUCCUUUUUUUUUAUAAUGAAGGCCCUUACGUGUACUGAAGUCUAUAGUUUUCUACAUAUGUCAUAAAUAUGGACUGGGGAGAGCGGUGUUUAUGCCAGCGACUACGUCUUGGGUUGGUGUAAUGUGUGACAUAGUAAAAAAAAAUAUAUAUAUAUAUAUAUAUAUGUGUGAGAAAUUGAGAAUUUGUGACUUGCCAAUGCAAGUUUUUAAUCAGGAAAAAAAAAAAUUACAAAUUACAAAAAACAAACAAACAAAAAAAAAGCCUGACGGUUCAGAGAGGUGGUGCGCCCAGAGAGCGGCUUGCUCUCUUCCGGCGGCACUUUCAACAAAAGGGGGCGCCAAAGUGUCCGAAAAACAAUUCUUGAGUUUUUACGGAGAUUUUUUUUCCUUCAGCACUGUUGAAACUAUUUAUUUAUAUGUUCUUGUUUCAAAGAUAGCUCAGCAACUCUAAUCUGUCAGUCAAAACUGCACCUGGCGUCCUAUUUUUGUUAAAUUUAACCAAAAGUUUAAAGGAAAAAAUAAAUAAAAUCACAAUAAUGGGUUUUUUGUCAUGCAUUCAGGGUGGAAAUCGAAGAUGGCUCAGACGUGUUUGGCUACAGAUAGCCUAGCUAGAGAUAAAGUGGAUGUGAUUGACCACUCGUCCACUCUGAACCUGGGAUGAAAUCGGUGAAGGAAGGCGCCUUCGCUGGGUUAGAGUUGCGAGUUAUCUCUGGAAGUCUUUAUGGAUUCAGAUUCUGUGCAUCACAGCGGUCCAAGGAGACUUGCUCUUCUGCGCUUCCCUCCUCCUCACCUCAAAGGUGGUUGGUAGAACGGUUCUAACAAGUCUUAUUCAGAUUUUUCCUCUUCGUCCUCACUUGUUCAGAUUGGGUAUUUUAACAAAAAUGGUGAGCAGGAAUGAAGAGGCACGGAGCGUCGCCUGGGUCGCUGAGAUUUACAUGUUGAUGCAAUGUAAUAUACCCUGUACCCCCAAUGGGACACAAUGAGGGAUUUUAAACUGGUGACCUGAAGCCCAUCACUAGCCUUGUCAGUUCAUGUCACCCUCCAUUUGGACACUCGUCAAUCAGUGACCAGAGGGAACCAUUGCCAAGCUUUUCUCCUUUUUUUUUUUUUUUGACAUUUUUAUGUAAAUAUAUUUUUUUCUAUUUUAUUUUUUAAAUAAAUAUUUUAAAACUGCCAGUUUCUUGUUUGUGUUUUGUAUGUAAAGGGUUUACAAUAUCUAAAGCUGUAAAGCAUAUUUUUUAUUACUACUGCCCUGAUGUAAGUACUUUAUUAAAAACCUUUCUGUUUUGACAUUCGAUCCAACUACACUUUUUCCUGUUUGAGGUCAUU